CUGAUAAAUAGCACUGAGGACCAGGGAGGGUCUAUCUGCCUGACUCUCCUUCCCUCAGCAGAGUCUCUCCUCUCGCACCACCUCAGUGCUACAGACUCCCUCCGUGACCAUGUCUGUCAGAGCCGUGAAGACCACCACCUACUCCACCAUGUCCUCUUCCUCCAGGGGUCCAACCCAAGGCUUCAGCAGCCGCUCUUUCUCCGGCUACGGAGGUCAAGGAGUCGGUGGUGCCAGGCAGAGCUAUGCUGUCCGCACCUCCUAUGGGGGAGUGGGCAGCAGUGGUGCUGCAGUAGGCGCUGGGGGGUUUAAGGUGGUCGGUGGCUAUGUUGCUGGGGGGGCUGGACAAAGAGGAGGAGGAGUAGAGUUUGGCUAUGUGGGCUAUGGUGGAGGUGUUGGAGGUGGCAUGGCCAAUGAGGUGGUGGCCCCCAUCACAGCGGUGACUGUGAACAAGAGCCUGCUGGCCCCCCUGGACCUGGCGAUUGACCCCACCAUCCAGGCAAUCCGCACCCAGGAGAAGGAGCAGAUCAAGACCUUGAACAACCGCUUUGCUUCCUUCAUUGACAAGGUACGCUUCCUAGAGCAGCAGAACAAAAUGCUCGAGACCAAGUGGAAACUUCUGCAGGAACAGACCACAUCUCGCUCCAAUAUCGAUGCCAUGUUCGAAGCAUACAUUGCCAACCUGCGUAAGCAGCUAGAUAACUUGGGCCAUGAAAAGGUCAAGCUGGAGUCUGACCUGCAUCACAUGACAGGCUUGGUUGAGGACUUCAAAACCAAGUAUGAAGAUGAGAUCAACAAGCGCAAUGAAUGUGAGAACAACUUUGUCCUCAUAAAGAAGGACACAGAUGCAGCCUACAUGAUCAAAGUGGAACUGGAGGCCAAACUGGAUGGGCUCUCUGAUGAGAUUGAGUUCCUGAGGCAGAUCUAUGAUGCAGAAAUCUGUGAGCUCCAGGGCCAGAUCAAGGACACAUCUGUUGUGGUGGAGAUGGACAACAGCCGUAACCUGGACAUGGAUGCCAUUGUCGCUGAAGUGCGUGCCCAGUAUGAAGAUAUCGCCAACCGCAGCAGAGCAGAGGCUGAAUCAUGGUACCAGUCUAAGUAUGCAGAAAUGCAGCAGUCCGCAGGCAAAUAUGGCGACGACCUGAAGUCAACCAAGGCUGAAAUUGCUGACAUGAACCGCAGAAUAAUGAGGCUCCAGUCUGAAAUUGACAUAGUUAAAGCACAGCGAAACAGUUUGGAAACUCAGAUCGCGGAGGCUGAGGAGCGUGGUGAGCUGGCAGUGAAGGAUGCUAAACUCCGCAUCAGAGACCUGGAGGAAGCUCUCCAGAGAGCCAAGCAGGACAUGGCCCUGCAGGUCCGCCAAUACCAGGAACUGAUGAACGUGAAGCUGGCCCUGGACAUUGAGAUUGCCACCUACAGGAAACUGCUGGAGGGAGAGGAGGACAGGUUAGCAACUGGAAUCAAGACCAAUAUAUCCAAGCAGACUUCUGUGAAUUACAGCGCCUACGGUUUGGAGAGCUCCCGCACCCCGUCCUACGUCAGCUGCUCCUUUGGUGGAAUCAAAGCCAGCACCAGUCCCAUCGCCCCCCUUGAGGCAGCAACAGUGAAGAGCACCACAGUCACCAAGACAGAGACUGUGGUGGUCAAGACCGAGGAGAAGAAGGAGGAGGAGCAGGAGGAGAAGAAGGAGGAGCAGGCGGCAAUCGAGGAGCCAGCUGUCGUGGAGAAGAAAGAGCCGGAGCAGGAGCAGGUGGAGGCCGAAGCUGUGGCUGUGGAGUGAUGAUUUUGGAUUUGUGAUUUUUUUUGGUCUGGGAUGUUAAGAAAAAAAUGCACCUUCUCUGCUUUAUCAUCCAGUUCUUUAAUGGUUCAUUCACCGACGUGCCUUCACCAAAUAAUGGGUGUGUUUCUACUGUAAGAGGUGUAAACACAACUUCCUGUCAGCCUCAAUGAACAGGUGUUAACGGAUGAGCCCUCUGAAAACUUGUGUAGUUCUUUACUGUCAACUGUAGUUUGAGUCACUGCUGGUGGUUCAGUGAUCACUGCACCACACUGCUUUAUCCAACAGGUGGCACUGUUGUAUCUGUUUUUCUCUGUUGUUCCACCUUGUCCUUUGACCAAUGCAAAGCACUGUGAAACCUGUAACUUUGAAUUUCAAUUUUUUUAAUGGGAGUAAUUUGUGAAAAAAUAAACCACCACCAUGCUAAACUCCUUGUGCUAAAUCUGCUGUACCUAGACAGUGAAAUGUACAUCACUCACAAUAGUCUUCACGACUUAGAAAAACUUUUUUUUCAGUGUUUCUGCUGUUGACAACACCUUGAGUCCUGUUUGCUCAACAAUAAAUCUUCCUCAAACAGUAA